AUAUGCAAAUUAGAGUAAAUUGCGUUGACUUGCCUGGAUGGUCUCUCUGAAACAUGACUUUUUACAUCUUUUUAAUUGAAUGAGAUAUAAAAAAAAACAAGAUGCCGAAGUGCAGUGACUUCAAAAGUCCUCUGAAGAAAUUGAAGGAGGAUCUACUUGGAAAGCAUCCAUCGUCCUCGUCGACGACCAUCCCCAAUUCCCAUCUCGAUCCCGAUGACCUGUUUGCCGAGUCCUUCUCUCAAGACGAUAAUCAGCUUCGAAGGCCUAUGAAUGCAUUCCUACUCUUCUGUAAGCGUCAUCGUCAGGUGGUGAGGACUAGGCACCCGUGGCUCGAUAACCGAGCUUGCACCAAGAUGUUAGCCGAUAUGUGGGGCGCACUGGAUGGAGACGAGAAGGAGAAAUAUCUGCAGCUUGCGAGAGAGUGUAAAGCUGCAUUCAUGAAAGCCCACCCUGAUUAUAAAUGGAGCGGUCCUCAUCGACACGCUGGUGGAAAAGUAACCAAUCCUGGUAAUAUAACAACACGUCUGCCAAGCACAGAGGAAAACAAGGCCGGAAUCACCGUCGGAAAGCUAGCAGAUCCAUCUCAAAUGGGAGGGCUAAGUCUUCUAUUACUCGCUGGCCAGCAAGAGACGAGUACAAAACGUGUAGCGCCCUCAUCUGACCAACAUAAAACAGUCCGUAGGAGUAACUCGGAACCAGCAACCAACGAGAGGGAAGAUGAUGACAGCAUUAAAUCAAAAUUAUUCCAGUUUGCCGAGAUGUGCUCCGAUCAACUUGCCAUGAAUCCAGAACACAACUCUGAUUCAAUACACCUUACCAAUGUGACAAUCCCUGUUAACAAUACAACCGUGGGCUCAAAGGAUAGUACAUUGGAUGCAUCCAGUAAUAACAAUAAUACAAUACCUCUUAACAGUCAGAUGCAUUUCAGGUUAACCUCAGACAAUCAAGCAGCUGAAAUAACCAAUGGAUCAAUGAGAACUGAAAUAAAGGAUGAAGAUGACAUGGAUAGGAAAGUGGGUUUUAGGAACGAGGAGGAGGAGGGGGUGAUGGAGGCAAACGAUGCAAAGAAGGUUGAAGCAAAAGAUGAGGAAACGGAGGAAGGGAUGACCAAAAUAAAGAUGAAUAAUAAGAAGAGGAAAAGCGAGAAGAGCUCCAAGAAGAAGAAGAAAAAGAAGAAGAAAGUUUUGAAGGUAAAGGAUGAGAGCGAAGCCCUCUCUCUGAGCUGGCCUGGAGCAUUGAAAGGUGUCUUCAAGAAGGAAAGCAAUGGAAAAGAAGAGAAGAAGGAUGAGGAAGAGAAGGAAGAAGAAGAGAAGGAGAAGGAAGGUAGCUUGACUGAUAGUGAGGAUUCCAAGUCAGCCGGGCAGAGGAAGUCUAGGCGAUCCUGUAAGGGGAGGUUGUAUCGCAAGCUCGUUGAUCAGGGGAUGUUAGAAUCACUACAGCGGCCAGAGAGACCGUUUAACUGUAAGAAGGCUUGGCGCCAUACCAACGAAGGAAUGAGUGGUUUCAGUGAUGCGGAAGAUGAAGUAUUUCAACCAGAGGAUGGGAAGAAGGCUAGAAGACCCAGGAAAAGAACAAACAGUGGAUCCAGUGUAACGUGCUCAGAUUUUGACUAUGGUGAGAUCAAUGUCGAAGCCAGAUUAGCGACAUUACCUCAGUAUGCUCCAGAACAAUUCAGAACAAAGAAGAAAACUGGUUUGAAAUCGAAAAAGACCUCGGACAUAUACAAGAAUGCUAAGUUCAUCAAAGAAAGGGGUAAAAGUAAAGUGAUGAGGUCACUGUCUUCCACUGAGAUGACCGUCACUGGCAGCCAGAAAAGAAAAGCAAGGAAAUCGUCAAUUAUGCACCUUCUACCUACUAAAGAUCCUCACAGCAUUACCAGCACAGUGCAGUCUUCACACUCAACUCCCAGAAUGGACAAAGUAAUUGGAUCAAAGGUCAAGAGGUCAAUAAGUGACCCUCAACCUUUCACCUUAUCUGACCUUGCAGAGGUCGCUUCCAUGGAACUCAAACCAUGCAGCUCUGCAAGUACAGCAUGUACCCCUGGCAGUCAUGUACAAAGGCCCAACCUCUGCCUCGCAGCAGUGACAGUCUCAUAACCAAAAUACCACAAUGAUUGCAUCAAUAUCCUCAAGGAAAUAUUCAGUCAUCCAUAUUUGUCCAGCAACAGCACUGCGAACAUGGUGUGUAUGAGCCUUUCAACGAGGCUACAAUGACAGAAUUUUUUUUUUCACCACUACAUGGCAAUAAGAAAGCUGUCUGUAGGGCCUUUUCGAGUUUCACCGGUGGAGAAAUGCAUGGAUAUUCAUCGCUCUGUGCUUGGCGGGAAAUUACGACAAUCGACCAAUCAAGACGAUGGGCUCUUCCUUGGCGUAGACCAUUGUUGAUAUGUGUGUGUGAGUCAAAAGUCUGAGAGAUGCCUCCUGAUUGGCUGUUCCUGUAUCAUGAGCAGAUUCAAAAGUUCGUCUCACUGCACUUUCCGCUCACUGCUUCACAUCUUGUGAGUGCAGUCUUUCCACCUCAGACCAUAGUCAGUGGAAGGCCUUGUUGAAAGGCUUGGUGCACUGCCUGUUGUAGAUCCUUGACCAAAGCAUCAUGACAACAGGAUAUCUUUAUAGAGGCUGUUCGUUAAUUAUUGUUCGGAAAGUGCUACACACAUGUUUGUAUUCAACACAAUGGACCGUAUUCUGAAGUCGGGUUUAACUUAAACUCGUGUUUAAAGUUGUGGUGUAAGUAUGGAUAGCCAAUUGUUAA